CUGAUUUUUAUGAAUGGAGUUUGUCUCCAAAUGACAUCAUAGUCAUCCUCCUCCCACUUUGGAGUCUCUGUAGUUUUCAGGUGUUUGUGUGCCAGCCUCUUAUCCAGUAGUAUAGACCUUGCUGGGUUUGAGAAUGAUUUACAGCCUGGACAACAGUACAGUGGUCUGUUCUUAGAAUGCAGUCUGUAUAUGAACAAGCUGGACAUUUAUGGACAGGUGGCAGGUGACUUUCUCUGGGAAGAAAAUGCAUCUGUGAAUUCAGAGUUUUUGGACACUGGUGCUUUUGGCAAGAGAGAGUGAUGAUCCGCUUGACUUUUUCCAUGUGCUGCUGCUUCACCACCAACAUUGCCCUUGUCACUUGGUUUGUUUUACUGAUGGUUGAAAACAGUAUUUCAUGGAAGCAAUGGGUUCCCCGUCUCCGCUUGUCAUACCAAGAUCUGCUGAGAUCAAACAACUCCUGGCUGUUACUGGACUCAGAGGAUGCCCUGGCAUUCCAGUCACUUCUUCUGGAUGAAAAGAGGGCAUGGCUGAUGGCAGGUGCCAAGGAUCAUGUGUUUUUGUUCUACCUAGACAACCCCAACACAGAGCCUCAAAAGAUUUUCUGGCCAGCUCCUAGAGAGCAGAGAGAACACUGCAGACUGGCUGGGAAGAAUCCUGAAACAGAAUGUGCCAAUUUCAUCCGAUUUCUCCAGCAUUUUAACAGCAGCCAUGUCUUUGCCUGUGGAACAGGCUCCUACCAGCCCAUGUGUGCCUUCAUACAAAUCAAAGCUGAGGGACUGGGGACACCGACUAUGCAGCUGGUGACAUACUCAGUAGAAUCUGGGAGAGGCAAAUGUCCCUACAGCCCUCAUGAGCCUUUCACAGGGCUGCUUGCAGAUGGGGAGUUUUAUUCUGGCACCUCCAUUGACUUCAUGGGUAGCAGUGCUGCUUUCUUCCGGACACGGCUUGACAGGGCAGACCAAAACUACAUCCGAACAGAACAGAACCAAGAUUACUGGUUAAAAGAACCAGUUUUUAUUGGUGCCUAUGCCAUUCCUGAUACCUACAACCAUGAUGAUGAUAAAGUGUACUUCUUUUUCCGGGAAACAGCAGUAGAAGCUGGACAGUGGGAGAAAAGACGCAUCUAUGCCCGUGUGGCCCGGGUCUGCAAGAAUGAUGUUGGUGGUAAGCACAGCCUCAUCAAUCGCUGGAGCACAUUCCUGAAAGCCCGACUAGUCUGCUCUGUCCCAGGUCUACACGAUACUGAAACAUAUUUUGAUCAUUUAGAGGAUGUCUUCCUCCUCCAUACCCGUAAUGUUCAGAACCCUCUUAUUUAUGGUCUCUUCACAAUGUCUAGUGGCAUUUUUAAUGGUUCUGCAAUAUGCGUUUAUUCCAUGGCAGCCAUUCGGGCUGCUUUCAAUGGGCCCUUUGCCCACAAGGAAGGCUUGGAAUACCAGUGGAUGGAAUACAAGGGACGGAUCCCCUACCCUCGUCCUGGAACGUGUCCCAGUGAAACAUAUGACCCACUCCUCCACUCAACCAAGGACUUUCCUGAUGAUGUCAUCAGCUUCAUGCGCACCCAUCACCUGAUGUGGGAUCCCAUCUUUCCUCUCCACAGGAAACCCAUUCUGAUGAGAGCUAAUGUGCCCUUCCAGAUCCAUCAGCUGUUGGUGGACAGACUGGAGACAGAGGCUGGACAUGUGGAUGUCCUCUUCCUUGGAACAGAUGAAGGCAAAGUGCUGAAGGUGGGGAUUGCUGUCACAAGAGGCCAACACUUUCAGGAGAUUAGUCUGGAAGAGAUCAUUCUUUCAAAGAAGCCUUCAGCCAUUCUAGACAUGCAGCUUUCUCUAAAGAGGCAGGAAGUGUUUGUGAGCAGCACCAAUGGUGUGGUCCAGCUUUCCUUGUACCGCUGUGAACUUUAUGGCAAAGCUUGUGCCGACUGCUGCUUCGCUCAAGAUCCCUACUGUACCUGGGAUGGCAAGUCCUGCAAGCCCUACUCACUCAGUAAAAAAAGGAGAUCACAGUGCCUAAAUGCAUGGAUGGCCAACCCAACAGGGCAGUGCCAAAAUGCUCCAAAAGGAACCCCCCUAGUGGAAGAAAAGGUGAUCUUUGGUGUGCAGAACAACUCAACCUUUCUUGAAUGCCUUCCACAUUCUCCUCAGACCACUAUUCGAUGGUUUGUGCAGCGCAGCAAUACAGCAACUCUAAAGGAGGUUGGGAGCUCUGGCCGUUUCUCAGUCCUAAAGCAAGGACUGCUGAUUAGUCAGUUAACACAACAGGAUGCUGGGACCUACCACUGCCAAGGGAUGGAGCACUCCUUCUCCCAAACACUUAGCUAUUACAACCUGCGCAUCAUUGGAUACCAGGCCAUGGAGGUAUUAACCUCCAGACCCAGCAAGAGUACAAAGGACGCAGGAAUCACACCGAGCCCCAACCACAGGUCAGAUCAUCAGCUUCCUUACAAAGGCUACUCGUGGACUUUAGGAGCACCUGGCAGCAAUUUGGAUGAGUUUUGUAAUGCUCUCCAGCAGAGGAAAAGGCAGAGGCAAAAGGUCUGGAACGCUUACUGGCAGCAGCAUCCCCUAGAAAGCAAGAAAGGGCGAGUGCGCCGGCAGCCUGGAUCCUUAUAGCACUGCUAGAAUACCUUCCACUAGCUGCAGAUGUGUACAAAAAGUACAACUGGGCACAGGAAGGGCACACAUUCUCUCCACAUUCUUCCCACUACAAAGGUUCUCUAUCCUGCUUCAAACUGAAACUGUUUUUUUCCUUACUCAGGGAAGACAAGGCAAAAUGUAGACCCAAGAAUGUCCGCUUGAGUAAUGCAGAGAUUUCAUCCCCAGCUUGAGAAACUCAUUAGCCUGUUGAACUAAUGGUGAGGAUCCUCCCCAGAACAGAAUGGAAAAGAGCUUUCAGCUCUCUCCAUAUCAUAACAGUACAUGCUCUCUACAGUUCUUUCCACUUUCAUUUCCUAAUAAACAGUAAUUAUUAAUGGUGCUAGUUGUGGGCCUUUCUUAUUGGUUGGGUGUCUGCAAAAUGGAAUUGAGUAGGCCAAGUUGGAAGGAGGGUAGCUAUGUUAUAAGUGAAUACAACACUGUGAGAACUGGGUUCCUUACAACCUGUUUAGGCCAAUCCAACAUGGAUUAGAGAGAGAACGUUUUUAUAAAUAUUUGAGUGGCUUCAAAGCUUAUGUAAAGGAUUUUUUUUCUCAGUGGGAGUGUAGCAGAGGUAACCUAGAUCACAGGUGUUCUGUCAUUUAUCCCAUAGCACUGUUAAUCAUAAAACAUUAUCCUGAGUACACAAAUGGUGAUACCUUUAUUCAGUCAACCAAAAAGUGUAAAACAUCACAAAACUUUGGACAGCUAUUGGCUUCAUCAGGGAAAUAUGGUAACAACUAAUGCAGGGGAAGAAGUGACUGUUAAGUCACAAGUCUACAUCUUGCUUCAGAUGACACUGAGGGAGGGUUUAUGCAGAGAGAAAGGUUUACACCUCCAUGAACAACAUGAUGUGACUGUGAACAAAAGCAGUAAAGAAAAUGCAAUAAAUGCCAACAUCCUUCUUUUGAGGACUGAAUCUGCUUUUGCCAUUAAGGAUUAAAGGAACACACCACAAAUUGGUAUCAGGAACUGCUUCAGACACCUUCUAACCAGAAGCCCUUGUAAAUUUGGCUGCCAGUGAAUUGAUAUUGGCAUCAGGUUUCAAAUUGGUUCCACUCCAUCCAGAAAUCACAUUAGCUGCAUCCUGCAGCUGCCAUCUUGGAAACCAGUUAUAACUUUCUCAGAGUAUUGAGAAUGAUGCAGAAAGGGAAAAUAACUAGCAUUUCUCCCAGUGUCAUGCUAGGACACAUUGGCUAUCAAGUCCUUAACAAGCCAUUUUAACAGUCUGUUGGGCAGACCUCUGUUGUCUAAAAAAAAAAAAAAAUCAAAGGAGAAUCAUUAAGUGGCCAGUGUUUGUGUUGGAAAAUAAGGGCAGACUAGGACCUCCAACUUAACUACACUUUGUAACCUCACCAAAAAGAAAAUGAAAACACAUUUGUUAUGUGCUGUGUGAGUCCUAUUUUGAGGAUGGUGUAUUCUUAUGGGCUUUAAGUUAGUUUCAGUAACUUGAGCUAUGUCUUAAGACUUCAGCCUAUUUCAACAAGUGCUCUAUGGGCACAUGACAGAAAACCUGUUAAUCAAUUUUCAGACAAAGUGGACUGAGACUGAAACUGAGUGAUGGUGAACAUCUAUCCCUAGACAGGCAGGCUGUCAAAUCACUCAGACUCUUACACAGCUGGCUGAUGUCUCCUCCAGAUAUUAAACUCAGGAUGCAUUCCACAGAACUUAUCUAUUUAUUUAAUUUAUAACCCACCUUCUUCCCAAUAUGGGUGCCCAAGACUUGAUCCAGCCAGUAAACUGUGACUUAAACACCACUGACACUAGCAGAACAAGUUGUAUGAAACAGGUCACACUGUUUGCAAAGGACCCAGUCAAAAUGAAUUUUAGCUAGUCUGGAGCCUGAGUUUAUUAUCUCUAGAAGGAACCUGGCAGCUUGGAAGCAAAAAAUGCCAAAUUUAUUUCAGAUAAGAAUGAAAUCACUGAACUAUUU